AUGUCUACAAAAACAUCUAUCGUCGAUAGUGAUAACGAUGAAAUUUUCAUUGCCAACGAACUCUCCAACAUUCUCAAAGAAUUUCAGCAUGGAAUAAAACCAAAUUCUCUACAAAUUCUGAGCACUUCAAAGACCAACAACGCAACCACGCAUGAAACUUAUGGAGCAGUAUUUAAAUUAACCUUGUUGGAAGACAUCGAGCUUAAAAUCGGUGUUUCUAAGGCUGGGUUUACGAUAAUUCAAGCAACACGAGAAGAAAAUAAUGGAAAGUUGGCAAAUGAUGAUUUAGAACGCAUCUUGCCAAUUGUCAAUCAACCUUUUGAAACGAUGGACGCCUUGUUAUUCAAAGCAAGUCCCAGAUUCGGGAAAUCCUUUCAUGAUACGUUACUCUCGAAACUUGGUAACGAAUUGUGA